GUGAGAGGCGCCGCGCAGUGCAGAGAGACGCUCUACACUUAACCCACGUUUUGCCUCCUCGUGUGUCCACUCAGGAGGACUUUUCCGUGACAGAAAAAAAUGGAUGUGCAGUGUAGAUUGAAGGACGCCAGUGUUUAGACAGAAAAGGAAAAAGUGAUAUACCGCUCAGAGCCAAUACCGCAUCUCCUCCAAUGUAGGCUCGUGCAGCCCACCUGGAGUCAUACACGACCAAUGUAGGCUCAUGCAUCCCAUCUGAAGCCAUACACCAAUGUAGGCUCGUGCAAUCCAUCUGGAGCCAUACACGACCAAUGUAGGCUCGUGCAGCCCGCCUGGAGUCAUACACGACCAAUGUAGGCUCGUGCAUCCCAUCUGAAGCCAUACACGACCAAUGUAGGCUCGUGCAUCCCAUCUGGAGCCAUACACGACCAAUGUAGGCUCGUGCAGCCCGCCUGGAGUCAUACACGACCAAUGUAGGCUCGUGCAAUCCAUCUGGAGUCAUACACGACCAAUGUAGGCUCGUGCAUCCCAUCUGGAGCCAUACACGACCAUUGUAGGCUCGUGCAGCCCGCCUGGAGUCAUACACGACCAAUGUAGGCUCGUGCAUCCCAUCUGGAGCCAUACACGACCAAUGUAGGCUCGUGCAGCCCACCUGGAGUCAUACACGACCAAUGUAAGCUCGUGCAGCCCAUCUGGAGCCAUACAUGACCAAUGUAGGCUCGUGCAAUCCAUCUGGAGCCAUACACGACCAUUGUAGGCUCGUGCAGCCCAUCUGGUGCCACACACGACCAUUGUAGGCUCGUGCAGCCCAUCUGGAGCCACACAAUCAAUGUAGGCUCGUGCAGUCCAUCUGGAGCCACACAAUCAAUGUAGGCUCGUGCAGUCCAUCUGGAGCCACAAACGACCAAUGUAGGCUCAUCUGGAGCCACAAACGACCAAUGUAGGCCCAUCUGGAGCCACACACGACCAAUGAAUCACUCGACUGUACGAAACACACUGAAAACACCCGAUAACGAAAUUAGUGCAAAAAAGGGAGUUUUAAAGUUUCAAUUUUAACGUUUCGGUUCUAAGUGUUUGAUAAAGUGUGCGUGAAUAUAUAUAAGUGAUUUUAUUUUGUUUAUGAAAAUAGUGCUAAUAAUUUUGCAUUAGUUGAUGUAAGUCACAUUUGGAAUCAGUGAGAGUGGAGGCAGAACCUCCUUUACUGGACAAAAAUGAGAUAUCGUCGGUUUGAUAUUCGGGUCAGGUAGACAUCAUAGGAAAGCCUCACCAUGAAGAGUAGCGACAGUAACUCUCUGUUCAGUGUUUGUAACUGAUAAUUACCAGCAGUAAAAGAACGCUUUUGUUAGCUUUAAUGUUAGCCAAAGUCCUGCUACAAAUUCGGCGGCAUCAACUUUAUUAAACAUAUCAUUGUUAUUUUUUUCUGUGGCCUGAGAAUGUAACAUAUCAAGCUGUAAAUAGUUUUAUAAUACUAAUACUUUAGUGUAGUAAGUGUUUGUACAUCAUCGUGAUUUUUGAAAACUUUUAAAAGCUUUUAUUUGUCAUCUUGAUGUCGUGGUUGUGAAAUCGUUUUGGUGUUCGUAAGCGCACCACAUUUUUCGGAAACACACAAAGUUCAUAUGCAAAGAGUAAAUCACACAAAUGUACUGAGUAGAUUGUAGUUUUAUGGAAACCAAACACUGCAAGAAAUCUGAAUAAGUAAACAAUGGUAAUCACAGUGGAAAAAUGUGUAGAAAAACUAACGAAGACGUCAGCUUCCUACUGAUUGAGAACCAGUUUCUUCAUAGUAGUCGGCAAUACGACACUCAGAAAUGAAUGUUUUAACAAACAAGAGUGUAUGGAUGUGUGCCAGGACGCUGUUUCUGGUGUGGGUGUUGGUGACGGAGGUAAAAGGUCAGGUGGGUUCCCCGGGGAGGCUGCAGGCGGCGCUUCAAAGUUCUGACACGUUUCCUUCACCUGCUGGCACCUACACCACCAACCCUUCAAGUUCAAAGCUACGCGAGAAAACACUGAAACAGAUAACCAAGAAAGUUCUCUUGUACACCACCGAAGCUUCUCCGAUUUCCCACAAAAAUUCCAAAGUAAACGCCAAAAUUAAUGUUCCUUACGUCAUGAGUGCGCGACUGGAAGAGCAGCAUCACGAUACUCUCCAUACUGAUACUGCAGGUCGAAGCGAGGGAGAACAUUAUUCUCAUCAGUUUUCUGGAAAACCUGUGGCGUCCAGUAACCCUCUGAGAAGUAAGAGCGUCGACCGGCACAAACUCCCACAAGAAAAAAAAAUUACAUACUCGGGUCUAGUGGAUUUACUUAGGAUACCAGUGGCAACCUUGCCACCUCUACAUGGUAUGGGCACUGUGGCUCAAGUGUCUACGAGAAAGAGGCAAAUGGAGCCGUCGACCGCCCUCAGACUCACCUCACCCUUCAAGUUACUCCUACAGAAUCAACCUUCAAGCCCCAUCCCGCCUUCCAUAUCGCCCAGGUCCUCCAGUACCUCACCUCAGCCCUCUGCAGCUACAGAUGCUCCUGUGAUCCAGGUUUUGCUGCUGCAACACACACAAAAAUCGACUAAGAGAUGUAAACGAGGAAUGGUAAAUGAAGCAAAUCUUCAACACCAGUAUUUGAAAUUCAAACAACCAAGAAGGAAUUUUUAUUUGAAAAGGCAAGCAAGAGGACAGACGUAUGGCACUGGUAGAGAUAAUAACAAUGGGGGAAACAGAAUGGAGGCAAGAAAGAAUCUUGUGCCACACCACGCACAACGCCACCCACAACACUUGUCCUCUAUGGUCGGCAACACCCAUGGUGUAUGGGCUGCACUUGGCACAACACCAUCAGCACAGAUUGCAGCUCCCCAUUUUACACCAAUUACGGACAGAAGUGAUCCCACAAGCACAAGCACGGACAGGUCAAGCACGAACAACUCUAACAUCUCACAAGUAAUACGAGCAGGUAAUCUACCAGAAGGAUUGAUCAAUGACAACUCACGGUUAACCACGCACAGAAAUGGUCACUCCAGCAAAAUCCGGGACAAAGGUGAUAAACAAGAAAAAAACUCAUACAAUGUUAAUCGCCCCAGUGCAAUCCAGGCAUCUACAGACUUAAAUGACAAUCUAAGCACAACUACAGACCCAGGGAACCUUGAUGAGAUCGAGAACGGAGAGGAUAUUCUUAGUCCAACACAGGAUGUAGACAACCUUUUUCCUAGAUUCGCUAACAGUCAUGAUUACCAAGACGCAACCACGGACAGAGAGGGCCUACUUGAUAAAAUCAUGGAUGGGAAUGAGUUUCCUAAUACAGCAACAAACAGAGAAGGUUUUUCUGGUAUAGCUACGGACGAAGUGAACUUUUCUGGUAUAGCCACAAGUAGAGAGGAUGAAGAAGACUAUCCAAGAAUAGAAAAGGACGGAGAGGUCUUUCCUGGUAUAGCUAUGGACGCAGAUAACUUUUCUGUUAUGAGCCCAGAUGAAUAUGACCUCUCUAGCACAGCCACGGAUAAAGAUAACUACACUGGUACAAGUAUAUACCAAGUGGAGUCUCCUCUACUAGUGGUCAAAGACAGGGAAGCCGAGAGUACAAGAUUUCCCACUGGUUGGGGAGAGUCGGACGUCCUGGGAAUAAAGCGAAUUGAUCAUGAACAUACAAUCAAAGUUGAAGCCGGAGAUAGGGCGUACGAAAUUUGCAGAAAAUUUAAAGCUCUCUUCGAUUCUCUUGACACAAAUUACACUAGUUCGAAUUUCACUGGGGAAAAUGGGGACUUGUUGAGUCCGGAGUAUAUGCAGCAGUGGAUAACCCUACGACAGGAGUAUGCGCAAGUAAGACUACGCGAAGUAGACACAUAUGACGGCUCAGAUUUGCGGGAAACGAUUGAACUAGUGGAUAGUGAUGCUGUUUCACGCAGCAGUGAUGCUAUUUCACUGGACAACAAUGCCGUUUCACUGGAAAUGGCGACGGCCAGCGCAAACGAGUUUCCACCGGCGUCUACAGACUGGCCAGCUUCAGGAGAGCUGCAGAGGCCAAUAACAGCAUCAGUUUCCUCUCCUGUCUCGUCAGACCUGCAACUCUGGCUGCAAGACGAGAGUGGCAACAUAGUGGACGGGCAACUCUCACCCUCCUUUCAGUACUCAGUGAUGGUGGUGGCGCCUCUCUCAACCUUCCUGAUGUUGAGCGUUGAGGGUGAGGGCAGUGUGGGCGUGGGGCGGCUCCUGCCUGACCCCGCCCAAACCGCCCAUGUCUGUCAGAGCCCAGAGGCUGUCAUCUUGGCAACAUCACCACUGAGAGCUGUGUGGAGGCUGCAGCCUGGUGACCAUCCUCACAAGGUCAUCUUCAGAGUUUGGUACCUGGGUGAGAGGACCGCUGGAGAGCGCACCUUCACACGCUACUGA